AUAUUAAAAGAAUAAUUGCUACACUAAUUUGUAUUAAACAUUUUGUAGGUCGGAAAACAGAAGAAAUAUUCUCUUAAAAAAAUACAGUGAAUUUAAACAGAAUUAUCUCUAACAACACGUUGAAAAUCUUAAAAGAAGAUAUUAUUUCAAAUUACCUUAAUAUAAACGGAGGAAAGUGCUUUCAGUUUCCUUUGAAUCUUGGGAAAUAGACUGAGUGUACAAAAAACCUGCCAUUCUUUAGGGAGUUUAUAUAGGUAAGGUAUAUCACGAAUCUAACACCUUUUGUCCUUUCAUCCAUGGAAGAAGAAAAAGAAAGCAUGGCAGAGUUGAAGCCACAAACCAAGAAGAAACAGAAUACCAGAAGAGAGAAAGAUAAGAUGGACUUCCUCAGUGAGUUGUCUGACGAUGUUCUUCUCCACAUUAUGCAUUUCAUGGACACAACUACAGCAGUUCGAACGUCUCUCUUAUCCAAACGAUGGAACAAAGUUUGGAAAUGUCUCACCACUCUCUGUUUCAAACGCAGCGACUUCAAAACUCUCGACAGCUACGACCAAUUUGUCUACCAUGUUGUCUCCAAGAGAGACACUUCCAUUAGUUUGCAUCGUCUUGAUCUAGAAGCAUGCACCGUAACACAAGAGCUUCUCAACCAUAUCACUCCUCUUCUGCAUUACGUGCCAAAUUUGAGCAUCUAUCUCGAUUACUUUUCUCCAAAAGAGUUUUAUCAUUCCAUACCUGUCAUCUUUUCUUCACCCUCUCUCACAUCUCUCACUCUUUCAUGUACUCUUGGUAUCUUGAAACUUCCACAAUCUCUAGAACUACCUUCGCUCAGAACCUUGAAUCUCACAAAUGUCACUUUCACCGCAAGGGACGGUGAUGAGUGCGCCGAACCCUUUUCAUCCUGUUUUUUGUUGAACAGUUUGGUCCUUCUGGGGUGUUCUUUGAGCAACCCUGCCAAAGUCCUCAGCAUAUCAAAUCCCAAUCUUUCUCGUUUCACCACGAUAAGGUACUCCGAAGUGAAGUACAAGAUUGUGCUUUCUGCCCCGAAUCUCACCCAUCUCGAUAUCAGAAGUUCGAUAGCCUGUCAUGAGGUCUCCUCCACGUGUGACUUUGCCCUUCUUGAAGAAGCCGUCAUUGAGAACUCUGUUUGUCCUUUAAUCGUUUUAAGGUUGCUGAAAAUGUUGUCCUAUGUAAAGAUAGUAACAUUCUCUUAUCCUGUCACAUACUACUUGUUUCGAGAACCGUUCCUCCACACUUUUCGUGUUCCUCCAGACUUUUCGUUAAUUCUUUUCGUCUUACACGAGUCUCUCUCAUAA